UGACUGCAGCUGCUAAUCUAUUUGUUGUGCUUCUUGAUCGGAGUCCUGAAACCAGAGGAGCUCAGAACUGCCUUCUUCUCAGCUGCUGCCUGCCAAACUUGCAAAGAAGCAGAUGCGCCAUCAAAGCAGGGGACGAGAACAUAAAAUCCAACAUCACCACCCAGACUCUCCCUGUCCCUGCAGGCACUUAUCCACCAGGCAACAAGGCUCCACAAUAUCAGAACAUGGCUCUCCCCUCUCAAAUGUGGCCCAUGAACAUGAGCACCUCAAAUCGCACCGAGACCUUGGCACUACUUUCUCAACCCUCUUCCUCCAAUGAGAGCCCUCUUUACAGUGAAUACCAGCCAGCUGCCUAUGACCUUAUUCCAUUGCCCAAAGCUGUGGUCUACAUGAUCAUGGCUGUGAUGGUGGUGGUGAGUGUGGCCUAUGCCAUUGUCGGUCACCUGAUCAAAGACCUGGCACAUGAUCUGGCAGAUUGCUUGCUGGGGCCACAGCCUGAGGAGCCCGAGGAUGAGGAGCCCGAGCCCCCACCUCUUACAGGUUUCCAGCCCUCCCUCUUGGCCAAGGCCCGCACUUGCAGCUGCUCAACACACCACCAGGAGGAGGCUCAUAUAACAUUAGAGGUGACAUAAUGACCGUGGAAGAGCAGGCAGCACAGCCUUGCGGAAAAGGAGAGCGGAGUUCUUGGCUUCCUGACUCGAAUGGGAGAAAACGGGCAUGGCAGACCAGCAAAAAGAGCCCAAGGAAGGAGGCAGACCACGUAAAGAAGCACCGGCCUGUUCUGAAGCAGUCGUCCCGCCUUCUCAUGGCAACACUGUCUUGCUCCUCAACUUCUGGGACUCUGCUUCUCUGGCGCCAUGGAUUCAACUUCCAUGAUUAUUAUUAUU